GGGAAAGACACACACACACACACACUCUCUCUCUCUCUCCCCUUCCCCAAAGUCGCCGGUUGCCGUUUCCGACAGCAAGGGUGGAUUUGUAAGCGGCAGCAUGGAUCGCGAGAGCGGUUCCUCGGCCCCUGCAGGCCCGACCACACGGUUGCCAGGUGAGGUCUACAAUGGGAUCAAUGGUAUGUCGAGUGAAAGUGGUCCAGGGAAGAGACUAAGAAAAUUACCAGCGAUGGGGGAUGGCCUAGAAAGCACACAAAUGUCUUCAACACAGUCACAAGCCCAGCCCCAACAACCAAGCAAUGUUAUCGGCAAUCCACCCCCUCCUGAAACGUCCAACCCUAACCGAUCUAAAAGGUUGACGAAUCAGCUGCAGUUUCUGUCAAAAGUGCUCCUGAAGACGAUAUGGAAACAUCAGUUUGCAUGGCCUUUCCAGCAGCCUGUGGAUGCUGUGAAACUAAACCUGCCUGAUUACUAUAAAAUCAUCAAGCAUCCUAUGGACAUGGGAACAAUUAAAAAGCGCUUAGAAAACAAUUACUACUUGAACGCCCAAGAAUGUAUUCAGGACUUCAAUACCAUGUUUACCAACUGUUACAUUUAUAAUAAGCAAGGGGAUGACAUAGUCUUAAUGGCAGAAGCUUUGGAAAAGAUUUUUCUUCAAAAAAUUUCAGAGAUGCCGCAAGAAGAGAUUGAAAUACCCAUACAGCCUACCAAAGGAUCACGGGGUAGAGGCAGAAAAGAAGCAGUUCAGUCUAAACCCAACAUGUCAACUGUACAGACUGUCACACAGACACCUGUGCCGGCGUUGGCACCAGCACAGACGCAGCAGCCGCCACCCCAGCGGGCGCCUCAGGCAUCUCAGCCACCGCCGCCACAACCACAGCUUCCUUCUGUAUCGGUUCCAGCACCCACACCUCAGUCAUUUCCUCCUGCGACUCCUGACCUGAUUGUCCAACCACCGACAACGACCGUGUCGCCUCAUACAUCGGCUCCCCCAAUGCCGACCCUUACGCCAACGACGGUGAUGACAACAGCAUCACAGCCUUCAAAGCAUAAAAAGGGUGUGAAAAGGAAAGCUGAUACUACAACUCCAACAACCAAUGUUGCAGUGAAGAGUCGAGAGUCUUCUCCAUUAAUGACCGAACCCAAACCUGCAAAGAUCCCAUCUCGAAGUGGCAGACCUCCAAAACCUGCUAAGAAAGAAAUGCCAGACUCCCAGCAGCAACAUCUAGAAAAGGGUGGGGGUGGAGGUGGUGGGGUUGUAGGUAGUGGCGGUGGCGGUGGUGGGGUUGUGGUUGGCAGUGGAAAAGUUUCGGAACAGUUGAAGUACUGCACUGGCAUUCUUAAGGAAAUGUUCGCCAAGAAGCACGCAGCCUAUGCCUGGCCCUUCUACAAACCUGUGGACGUAGAAGCCUUGGGACUGCACGAUUAUCACGACAUUAUUAAACACCCCAUGGAUCUCAGUACUAUUAAAUCAAAAAUGGACAACAGACAGUAUGGUGAUGCUCAAGAAUUUGCAGCAGAUGUUCGGUUGAUGUUCUCCAAUUGUUACAAAUACAAUCCCCCUGAUCAUGAAGUGGUAGCCAUGGCAAGAAAACUGCAGGAUGUAUUUGAGAUGCGUUUUGCAAAAAUGCCAGAUGAGCCUGUUGAACCAGUUGUUCCAUCUCCUCCUCCUGUGCCACCUCCAACUAACCAGGUGUCAUCCUCAUCCUCAAGUGACAGUAGCAGUGACAGCUCUUCUGACAGUGACAGUAGCACAGAUGAUUCUGAGGAGGAGCGGGCACAGAGGCUGGCUGAGCUUCAAGAACAGUUGAAAGCGGUGCAUGAGCAGCUGGCUGCCCUUUCCCAACCACAACUGUCAAAACCAAAGAAAAAGGAAAAGGACAAGAAAGAAGAGAAAAAGAAAGAGAAGGAAAAAGACAAGAAAGAGGAAAAGAAAAAGAAAGAGGAUGUGGAGGAAAAGAAGAAGAGCAAAGCUAAGGAGCAACAGCCAAAAAAAUCAAAGAAGAACAAUGCAAAUGCCAGGAAUCUGAAGAGCAUCAAACCUGGUCCUGCGUACGACUCUGAGGAGGAGGACAAGUGCAAGCCGAUGACAUAUGAAGAAAAGAGACAGCUGAGCCUGGACAUAAACAAACUUCCUGGUGAUAAAUUGGGGCGAGUAGUUCACAUCAUUCAGUCCCGUGAGCCCUCACUGAGAAACUCAAACCCUGAUGAGAUUGAAAUAGACUUUGAAACGUUAAAACCCUCCACGUUGCGAGAACUAGAACGAUACGUUACAUCAUGUUUACGGAAAAAAGCGAGGAAACCUCAAGUGAAAAAAGUCCCAGGGAAAUCGAACGAUGACCUCCAGCUAGACUCGAAGAGUGAGCUGGAUACCAGGUUACAUGACGUUAGCGGCCAGCUGAGCUCUGGGAAGAAACCAGGCAGAAAAGCUGAGAAGCAUGACGUAAGCAUGGAUGUGGGAGGCCCCUCAAGGAUGAGAAGCAGCAGCAGCUCUUCUGAGUCAGACAGUAGCAGUGACUCCAGCUCCUCUGAGAGCAACGACUCUGAAACAGAGAUGCCACCUAAAGCCAAACAUGGCAGCCACAAGAGUCGCUCUGGACGGGAGCAGAAGAAGCACCACCACCACCAUCAACAGCCGCAGCCAAUGAAGCAGUCGCCUCCGCAGUUUGUACCUACUUCCCUUCCGAUCAUGGAGCCACAGAUAUUGACCAAUGCCUAUGACGCCAUGCCACACUUUGGGCAGCCCAUGAUGCACCUUCCCCACCAGAGUGAGCUGCAGACACAUUUGCCGCCGCCGCCUGAGCAGCACUCGCCCCCUCACCUCACCCAGCAUUCGGUGGUGUCGCCUCCAGCUUUGCACAGUAGUCUGCCUCAACAGCCAUCCAGACCCAGCGGGAAAGCCGCACCACUACCUCCGAAACAACCGCGGCCUCUUGCACAGUCCCCGCCCAUGGUCCCACAACCUAUACUACAGCCACCACAGAUGACGCAGCCGCCAGCAAUGUUGGAAGAAGAGGAGCCACCACCUCGUCUCUCGAUUCCCUUACAUCCUAGUCAAAUGCAUCUGUACCUGCAGCAGCUACAGAAGGCCCAGAAUCAAACCCCACUCCUCUCAACAGUCCAGACCUCAUCCCAACCCCAACCCCAGCCAGUCCACAGCCAACCCCAGCCAGCUCAUACACAACCCCAGCCACUGCCCCUCACCCAGCCUCCGCCGCAUCCCCAACCUCAGCCUCUACCACAGCAGCAGGUGCCGCAGCAGCAUCAACCCAGGCCACUUCAUAUGCAAUCUAUGCAGUUUCCACCCCACAUUCAGCAACCACAGCCACAGCAACCACAGCACCAGCCUCCCCAGCAGGCGAAACCCCAGCAAGUCAUCCAGCACCACCACUCGCCACGACAGCCGAAGCCUGACCCCUAUUCCACAGCUCAUUUGGCAGAUGUGCCCUCCCCGCUCUUGAUGCAUUCCCCACCGCUGCCACAAUUUCCAUCCCUUGUCCAGUCACCACCAAGAACUGUGCAGACUAAGAAGCAGGAGCCCCGAACUCCCUCAAUAGUGCAAUCGCAGCCGAUGGUGAAUGUGAAAGAAGAGAAGAGUCACUCUUCACCGGCAAUCCGAAAUGAGGCGUUUAGCCCUUCAAUGCGCCAGGAGCCAUCAAAGCAGAGGGAGGGAGGCAAACCACCUCCACAUCUUGGGCACAGACCAGAGAUGAAACACAUGGAAGUUGCUGGGCCAGUGAUUCGCCCUCCAGAACAUGGCACGCAGCCUUCUCCUCAGGACAAAGACAAGCAGAAACAACAAACGCCCAAAACUCCUGUUGCUCCCAAAAAGGAUCUCAAGAUCAAGAACAUGGGCUCUUGGGCAAGUCUGGUUAAGAAGACUCCUUCUACUCCCUCAUCCACGGCAAAAUCGUCGAGCGACAGCUUUGAGCAAUUUCGGCGGGCAGCACGCGAGAAGGAGGAACGAGAAAAGGCACUGAAAGCACAGGAGGAGUUCCGUAAAAUGCAACAGGAGGCAGCUGAAAAAGAGCGUCUCCGAAUGGAGCAGGAGAGGCAAAGAGGUCGAGAUGAGGAGGAUGCUUUGGAGUGUGCUCGGAGAGCUCACGAAGAGGUGAGAAGGCAGCAGCAACAUCAACAGCAGCAGCAGCAGCAACAACAACAACAACAACAGAGCUCUCAGCCAACCUCACAGUCAAUGCUGGAUCAGCAGCGAGAGCUGGCAAGGAAGAGAGAACAGGAACGAAGGCGGAAGGAAGCGAUGGCGGCUACAAUUGACAUGAAUUUUCAGAGCGACUUAAUGGCAAUAUUUGAAGAGAAUCUCUUCUGAGGGCUCCUGAUGCUGGAUAUCCUGACUCUUGAAAGUACUACGAAACUGUUUUCCAUGAGUUACGUGGCACCGUAGUGUUUCGGCCAGGUUCUUGGUGCACGGUCUUUCUGCAUGUGUGACCCAGUGAGUGAGCGAAUCAUUCAGUCAAUGCCUUGAAUGGAUGGACGAACACAGAUGGACAGAAGUCUGCCUUACAUUUAACCCACAAUAUAGGAAUGAACAAAUAGACAAAAAAAACUUAUCGAUGUUGUUUAGAAAACACGUGCACAAGUGUGCGUCCAGCUUUCCGAAUGAUACUACUGUAAAGGGGGGGGUGGGGGGGGCGCUGUGUGUACCCAUUAGCUGCAAGGCUGUCCUCGCCAAACUCCUUCACUAUGUAAGAAAAGAUACAGUAACAUUCUGAUGUAUCCAAUCAAACAGGGUUUCACUGUUGCCGUGUGAGGGCCCUGUUUGCUGAACGGUUUCUCUGCGUUGGUCCUAUAAAUCUAGUGUGUCUCCUUCACUGCUAAUAAGAGGAGAACAGGGCGAUGCCAUGGUAUAUUUAAAAAAAAAGGUUGGGUGAAUUCCCCUGUAAUCGGGAAAACCGGGCCCUUCACUAAGUCACAACAGUAUAAUCUGGAUGGACUAUUUAAGCAGUGCGACUUUGUGUUCAUUACUUUUUUUUUUACAGUGCAUAGUGCUGUCUGCGGAUUUUGUUUAUCUACAGAGUUUCCAGUUACUAGGCUCAGUGUGUUCUGACAAGCCAUGUGAUGGUUAUGACAAUACAAAAAAGGGAAAAAAUAAUCGUAUGUCGGAGGUUAUGAGUUUAAACAGCAGUCCCAUCUAAAACUUUUGUUUUUUUCCUGUUUUAAUUUCUUUUCUGCAGUGUUUGGGAUCAAAGCUGGACUACCAACCAAAGUAGGUGAAAUUGUUUGUCUCGUUACCUCAGGAGAUACGAAUGUUGAAUGGCACUGCUGAAACUGUUUUGUACUGUUGUCCCUCUGAAUAGUUGAGAUACGAGAGCUAACUUUCUUUUCUGCAAGUAACCAGAGGUUUCAGCCGCCUUUGAAUAGUGUUCGACCGAUGCUGUAUAGUGGGUAUAGUUGGUGUGCGAUGCUUAAACCUGUUGAAUGUUUUCUGUAAUUAAACACUCACUUUAUUCAUGUAGCAGACUUUCAAUACUCUUCGGAGGCCCAGGUGCGUGAGUUUUAUCUUAAUGGUCGAUUCCGGGCUUUCCUGUUUUUUUUUUUUUCCUUCAGAGGGGUGUACAAAAUAUACAAGCUGUUUCUGUGCAAGUGUCUCAUUCGUAUUUGCUAAAAGCAUCAAGUGAAGUGCUGGCUCUCCUAGUUAAACUCCGCAGCAAGAAUUAGACGAGUGAUUGAUUGUUUUAUUAUUAUUAUAUGGCAAGAUUUAAAUUAAUAUACCAUUCCUCGUCUUUGCCUUUAAAUAUAAUUUUAUUUUUUCAGCUGUUUUUAACUUUUUCCCUUUUUUUUAAAUGAACAUUUUAAUGUGCCAAAAUACCCACUAUACAGUACCAGCGAAUCCAGUGUUGGCAAGUACCUCGGUUUAAAGUCGGUUUUACUGAGAGGCAGAAAAAUUGCAUUUGGUCUGUAUCGAUUAUUGAAUAAACACACCUUUUAUACAA